CAUAUGGAGUAGGCUAUCGUACGCCAGGCAGCGUUACGCGUCGUCCAUCCCUCCCGCGGGGAAUGGCGCCAACGGGAAGGAGAAAAAUUAUUGUCAUUCAAUGAGAUUACGUACAUUUAAUCGUUCACUUAGAAGUCUAAGAUCUGUCCCGAAUGAAUAAUUAAGAGAUGCAGUUUAUCAAUCGAUUAUUUUUUAUAAGGUUUACUUACUGGGCCAUGUUAAACUUUCAAUAUCUCAAAAUGUUUCCUGUCUAGCACACUGCAUUAUUCCUUAUUAUAUAACUCUUUUGUUAUUCAAGAUUACGAAGUCAAUGUAUAUCAAGUAAAAGCCAAGAAAAUGUAGUCUCUAACGAAGUAUAACACAUAACUGCAUAUACUCUGUUUAGGACACACGAGACAGGUAAAGUAAAGCGAUGGUGAACGACCGACGCACGCCGUGUCAUUACUUUUACAUGCAGUUUUCUCGUUUGUUUACUUUUGGCGCUUGGCCCCUUGUCGCAGUCAGCGCUUCAUAUGAUAUAUAGAGGCGUAUUAUCGUAUUCUGGAGGCGCAGAGUCAAUAUCCACAAUCACCUUGUAUACUGGGAAUACGAACCCGUGAAGCAGAUUCAACAUGCGGUCAGUAAAGAUUCACGUGUUCGAACAGCUUGGGCAGGAGGUUCAAGAGCCUUCACUUGCUCUAGAACACGCAGUACUGUUUAAGGCGCGGCGUUGGACGGAUCAAGGCUAGCCGGUGGUUUUGCUUGUGUCAGUGAUAAACAAUGAAGACACACUGUGUUUGGUGCCACGGACUCUACUUGGAGGACAGAAACCUUGCGAUGAAGUGAGAAUCUACUGGAGAGAGAGAGCAUAAGUGUGGUGUAGGCGGUUUACAUGAGCGCAGAUGGCCUCCGGUGCAACGCCAGAUGGUGAGGAGGGCAUCGUGGCUGUGAUGGACGUGGGCAACAAUGUGUGUGCCGGGCCGGAGCCAACCUUCCUCACCAGGGCCAAGGAGUCCCUCACCUGCUUCCUCCAAAGAAAGAUUUUUGCCCACAACUGCCAUGACAUUGUUGGCACUGUCCUGUUUGGCACCUCAGGGACGGACAACCCUCUGGCAACAGACGGUGACUUCCAGCACGUGAAAGUGGUGCGGGAGCUGGUGGGCGUGGACUGGAAGGCCAUCGAGCAGGUGCAGGCUCUGAGGUGUGGCGGCAGCAGCGGCGACUGGCUGGAUGCCAUGGCGGUGGCCUUGGAGAUGUUACGUAAACAUGAGUUAGUUGAGAGCGGAGCCGUAGAAUGGAAGGGUUUGCCCAAAUUGACGACAGGCUCCGCGCUGUUGCCGAAAGAGCCACAUGAGAUUCAAGUUGAUGCUGAUUUCAUUUUAUUUAUUUAUUUAUUUAUUUAUUUAUUUUUUUUUUACGUGUACCUCCUGGUCGUGAGAAUUGAGGAGCUGCUGCACGUCUUCCUCUGUGACCUCCUUUCCGUCUCCGAGGGCAGCUUCGUUGGCCAAGGCAGCAAUCUCCUUGCUGAGGGCGGCAGUGUCGGGCACAGCAAAGCCAGUGAAGUUAUGCACAGCCUUCCACACAGCGGGCUCAAGCUGGAGAAGCGGAAGAUAUUGCUGUUUACGGACUUCAGCAGUGAGUUCAGCAAGUCCCGCUACAAGGAGGUGGAACAGGAACUCAAGGACAGCGAAACACAGCUGGUCGCCAUCGGGCCAGAGUUUUCUGAGGACUUCGAUGAGGAGGAUCAGGACGAGCACCAGCCUGGGUCUUCUAAUGGCGGCGAGGGUCACAGCAAACCCCCAAAGACGCAGCCGCUGAACUGGAACGGCAAGGCUAAGACUGUGGUGCAGAUGGCAGGGGAAGCGGAGAUGGCUGCGCUGUGUGACGGGCUCGUGUGCUCCUUUGACAACGCCAUGGCCCAGCUCAUGUACUUUGAGAAGAGCAACAAGACCACUGCCUGCUGGAACACGACCCUAGACAUCGGCGCUGCGUUCAAGAUCCCUAUUACAGGCCGGAUCAUGGUGCAGCAAGCCCCCAUCCCAAGCUGGAAGAAGUUUUACAGGGAUGACCGGACGCAGGGGAUCAGCAAGGAGGGUUCGUAUCACCUCAUGGACGAGAGACAGACGGAGGUGCCGAAGGAGGAGGUCAUUAGCGGCUACUGCUACGGCACCACCCUCGUCCCGUGCUCCUACGGAGACAUGUCCAGGAUGUACUGCUCCAAUAGCCCUCGCAGCAUGAGUGUUAUGGGGUUCACCGAGGCGAGUCGAGUGCGCCACCACCUCAGGACAGGCAACCAGGUGCUGGCGGUGAUGGCACGGGGCGGUGACGAGCCGGCAGCCCGGGCGUUGUCGGCGCUGAUCCAUGCCCUGGCGGAGCUGGACAUGGUGGCCAUCACUAGGAGAGUCUACAGCAAGAACUACAACCCCAAGAUGGGCGCGCUGUUCCCCGAGGUUACCAAGGACGGCGAGUGUCUCCUGUGGAUCCAGCUUCCCUAUAGCAUGGAGGUUGUGUCCCUGGCCUUCCCAUCUCUCCAGAGCAGGAUGGCGAAGCUCAAGGAGGAAGAGAAGGAUGCCAUCGACAGCCUCAUAGAUGCCAUGACCCUGUCGCAGGCCGGGGAGUGUGUUGAUUCUCUUAAUUCUCUUUGUCAGGAGAUCUUGCAGCCACCCGAGAGAGUACGUGAGGCACAAGGCCGAGUGGCAGAGGACCUGAAGAAGCUGUUCCCCUUGAAGGCCGCCAGCUCCGUGGCUAAGAGGGCCAGGAAUGUGUUUCAAGUUGAGGACAAGGCUGAGGACGGAGGCAAGAAACGACCCAAGGUUGACGACUCCCUCAGUGCCGGUGACCUGGUGCAGCACCGGGUGACCUGCGUGACCUCCGCCACUCCAGUCCACGACUUCAUGACACUAUUACGGAGAGAAGCCCCGGACUUUGACGACAUCUGUAAGCAGAUGGGGAAGGUGGCACUGGCCCUCCUGAACGGCCUGCUGUGCCCUCUCAGUGCCGGGAUGGCUGACAACACCAUGGAAAAGCUGCUGCAGUGCCUCAAGGCCUUCCGGCAGGAGUCGCGUAGCAUCAACCCGGCCACUUACAACUCCUUCCUCCCUGACCUCAAGGAGUUAGUCACCCAACACUCACAAAAUGCUGUGUGGGAAAAGUUGAAGGAGGGCAGCCUUGGCUUGAUUACCAGUGAGGAAAGUGUCCGGAGCAGCGUGGGGACAGAGGAGGCCGCGGCCUUCCUGCGGCUGGGCCAGGAAGCAGCAGCAGCAGCCGUUGAUGACAUGCCGGAUGACAUGCACGAUAUGCUGGACGACCUGUAAUCACCACCACCACCACCUUGCAGGGUCAACAGCUAGAGGUACUACCAGUAAUGAGUCUAAAAGUGUGUUAUGAUGUUCCUGAGGUGUGAAGAGUUAGCCGAUGAAUCAUGCAAGCUGUGUAUUUGUCAGUCUGUGCAGCCUUCCAAACCAUGAAUUACUUGAUUUAUUGUUACAGUAUUUCAUCUUUAUUUCCCAGUGUGGCCUUAUCCUGAUAUAUAAAGACAGAUUAGAAUGAUGUAUUGGACAUGUACAAUCUUGACAGCUGUAUUUGUCAGUCUGUGCAGCCUUCCAAACCAUGAAUUACUUGAUUUAUUGUUACAGUAUUUCAUUUUAUUUCCCAG